ACAAAAGGGGGAGGAAAAUUAGUGUUGCCAGCAUUCUUCUCAUUUAAAGCAGUAACUACUGCAACAAAAAAAAAAAGCACUAGCACAGUCUGGGUUGGGUCUGCCUUGCUCAUUGUGUACUGGAAGUGUUCUCUAGCUACAUGGUGCAGUGAUAACCUGGACAUUUCAUCCCUUUUUCCCCUGCUUUGUGCCCAAGGAGAGCCCAUGUCUUUCUUAUAGACAUGAAGAGAUUUGUGCAUUCAAGGAUUUGGCUUUUUUUGGUUGUGUCUGUGGCUCUGGUUUUAUUUGUGAAAUGUCAAGAGGAAAACAAUGGAGAUGACUGUAUGGUCGACGGCCAGGUGUACACCAACCGGGACAUCUGGAAGCCGGAGCCGUGUCGGAUAUGCGUGUGUGACAACAGCGUAGUCCUGUGUGACGAGAUCCAGUGCGACGAGGUGGCCAACUGUGAGAAGGUGGUCAUACCCGAGGGCGAGUGCUGUCCUGUUUGCCAGACAGACGCCGGCACCACCGACCGCGUCGACCCCCGACCCGACGGCGGCAGGGUUUACAGGGGUCAGAAAGGAGAACCGGGUGAUGUACCGCUAGUGACUGGGAUCAGAGGUCGUCCUGGGCCCACGGGGCCUCCCGGCUCACCAGGAUUUAGAGGGGAGAGAGGACAGAAAGGAAGACCUGGGCUGCGUGGACCGGCGGGCUAUGAUGGUGAACCGGGAGUGCCAGGAAAUCCAGGAGAACCAGGUCCUGCAGGAAACCAGGGUCCGCCGGGAGGACUGGGAGCUCAAAUGGCUGGAGGCUUUGGGGAUGAGAAAUCAGCUGGACAAACAGCCAUGGUUCCAGGAACAAGGGGAGAUGCAGGUGCAAGAGGACCUCCUGGGCCAAGUGGAUCGCCUGGCCACUCUGGACCUCAAGGACCCACCGGGGAAGUUGGUGAUCCAGGUCACAUGGGUCCAUCUGGACAAAGAGGACCUGAAGGACCAGCUGGAAAAGCGGGUGAAGAUGGUGAAGCAGGAAAACCAGGAAAUGCAGGAGAGAAGGGAUUCCCUGGAUCAGCUGGAGCUCGAGGGUUUCCAGGAACACCUGGGCCACCAGGAUUAAAAGGUCACAGAGGUCACGCAGGUCCAAUGGGUUUAAGAGGAGAAACGGGAGCUGUAGGAUCAAAGGGUGGAUUGGGUCCCACUGGUCCAAUUGGCGCACUGGGCCCUAUGGGCCCUGUAGGGAUGCCUGGGGAGAGAGGGCGCGUAGGUGCGAGUGGUAUACCGGGGACGAAAGGCCCUCCCGGGAACGUUGGUAAACCAGGUCCAAUGGGUCCAUUAGGAAUCAAUGGUCCCCCAGGAUAUCCAGGAAUUCCAGGAAUGAAGGGCCAGCCUGGUGCCACAGGCGUGCGAGGCCCCGAGGGUCCCCAGGGCCAGAGGGGGGAAACUGGACACCAAGGCAGGGCAGGAGCAGUCGGCCAACAAGGUCCUUCAGGAACGGACGGAGGCCGUGGUACUAAGGGGCCGGUGGGUAGCAUGGGUGUGCAGGGUCCAGGGGGUCACCUUGGCCCCGCUGGUCCACCAGGACCUCAGGGAAGCACUGGACAGCCUGGGAUCAAAGGUCAACUGGGAGACGUCGGUGUUCCUGGUUACAAAGGAGAGGCCGGACCCAAAGGAGAACCUGGUCCCCCAGGUUCCCAAGGAGUUAUCGGGCCCCAGGGCGAGGAGGGGAAGAGGGGACCUCGUGGUGACUCUGGCUCACUAGGACCUCCGGGACCUGUUGGCGAGAGGGGAUCUCCUGGUAACAGAGGUUUUCCUGGUGCUGAUGGACUACCCGGACCUAAGGGCGCAGUAGGAGAUCGUGGACCUUCUGGCAUAUCUGGGCCUAAAGGUUCAGGGGGGGAUCCCGGCCGCACUGGCGAACCUGGCCUUCCAGGGGCAAGGGGUCUGACCGGAACUCCAGGAGUCCAAGGAGCUGAAGGAAAGCCAGGACCACUGGGUCCAGCAGGAGAAGAUGGCCGUCCAGGGCCAGCAGGGUCUAUAGGAACCAGAGGUCCCGCAGGAACCAUGGGAACCACAGGGCCAAAGGGCUUCAAUGGAGACCCAGGAAAGACCGGUGAACAAGGAUCUCCGGGUGUGGCAGGACAAAGGGGUCCUCCUGGGAAAGACGGAGAAGUGGGACCUUCUGGACCUGCUGGGCCUCCGGGGGUUGCAGGUGAAAGAGGUGAACAGGGACCGCCUGGAGUGAACGGUUUCCAGGGAUUACCCGGCCCACCUGGCCCACCUGGAGAGUCAGGAAAACCAGGUGAUUUGGGUAUUGCCGGAGAGGGAGGAGCUGUUGGUCAAACUGGACCGCGGGGAGAGCGUGGAAUCCCAGGAGAGAGAGGAGAACUCGGAUCUCUGGGUGUGGCUGGACCAAAAGGAAUCCCUGGAGCACCAGGACCCGAUGGACCAAAGGGUAGUCCUGGUCCCUCUGGUGGACUCGGUGACCUAGGCCCUCCUGGACUUCAAGGGAUGCCUGGCGAGAGAGGGAUCUCAGGUCCACCUGGACCUAAAGGUGACAGAGGGUCUGGUGGAGAAAAGGGAUCUGAGGGUACAGCUGGAAACGAUGGCGCAAGAGGUCUUCCUGGCUCUCUUGGCCCACCAGGACCCCAUGGACCCAGUGGUGAAAAGGGAGAACCUGGACCUAAAGGCCCACCCGGUCCUCACGGAUCGAGAGCAAUGCCUGGAUCCCGUGGUGAACCUGGUCCAAUUGGUCCCGUGGGAUUUGCUGGACCCCCUGGUCCCGACGGUCAACCAGGUGUCAAGGGGGAGCCUGGAGAGCCUGGUCAGAAGGGUGACGCUGGUUCUCCAGGGCCUCAAGGCUUGUCCGGGUCCCACGGACCUCCUGGUAUCGUUGGUGUGGCCGGACUGAAGGGUGGCAGAGGAACCCAGGGAGCCCCUGGCCCGACUGGUUUCCCUGGAUCUCCAGGCAGGGUUGGACCACCAGGACCAAAUGGUCCCAUUGGAGAACCCGGACCCCUUGGUUCCCCUGGGAAGGAGGGUCCUCCUGGCCUUCGUGGAGAGAAUGGUUCCCCUGGAAGACAAGGAGAAAGAGGCCCUCCAGGAGCAGCUGGAGGCCCAGGAGACAAGGGAGACUCUGGAGAGGAUGGACCCACGGGUCCUGACGGACCCCCAGGUCCCGCCGGAACAACUGGACAGAGAGGCAUUGUGGGUCUUCCUGGUCAGAGGGGAGAACGUGGGAUGGUUGGACUUCCAGGACCAGCGGGUCCUCCAGGGAAACAGGGGUCUACUGGAGCUACCGGAGACAAAGGCCCCCCGGGUCCAGUCGGCUCUCCUGGUGCUAACGGACCUCGUGGCGAUCCUGGUCCCGAUGGUCCCGCUGGAUCUGAUGGGCCGACAGGGAAAGAUGGAGUCAUUGGUCUAAGGGGCGAUCGAGGGGACCCAGGUCCAGAAGGACUGCUCGGGACCACAGGACAACCCGGUACCCCAGGUCCAGUCGGUGCGACCGGUGGCCCUGGGAAAAGAGGAGACGCUGGAUCCAGAGGACCAAACGGCCCACCUGGAUCGGCGGGAAAGCGAGGUUUAACGGGACCCCAAGGACCAAGAGGUGACAAGGGAGACCUGGGAGACCAUGGGGAGAGAGGACAGAAGGGACACCGAGGCUUCACCGGUCUACAGGGUCUUCCUGGAUCCCCCGGUACACCAGGAGAGCAAGGAGCGGCAGGAAUCGUCGGACCGAAUGGCCAGAGAGGACCUUCCGGACCUGUCGGGCCGCCAGGAAAAGAAGGCUACAUCGGCCAGCCUGGACCAAUGGGGCAGCCUGGAACACGUGGAUUAAGUGGCGAAAUUGGACCUGAGGGACCCCCAGGAGAGCCCGGCCCGACUGGCCCCCCUGGACCCCCUGGCCCCCCCACAGCUGCCAUGGACGACCUGUUUGUCGACAUUCAGGACUACGACUCCGGCCCUCCUCCUCCUCCUGAAUUCAGUGAGGACGAGGCUCUGCCCAAUAGCAAUGCCACCCAGCCCCUUGACCCAGGCGUGCAAGCCACUCUGAAGGCUCUCAGCAGCCAGAUCGACAGCAUGAAAAGCCCAGAUGGCAGCAGGAAGCACCCAGCCAGGACGUGCCAGGAUCUGAAGCAGUGCUACCCGCUGAAGAAGACUGGGGAAUACUGGGUCGAUCCAAACCAAGGAAGCUCAGAGGAUGCUAUCAAAGUAAAUUGUAAUAUGGAGACGGGAGAGACCUGCAUCUCGGCCAAUCCCGCCAGCAUACCACGCAAAGUAUGGUGGAGCACCUCAAGGAACAAGCCUGUGUGGUUUGGAGCCGAUAUCAACAGAGGAAAACAAUUCACCUACGGUAACAAAGAUCAGCCCGCCAACUCUGUCACCGUCCAGAUGACGUUCAUCCGUCUGCUCUCCAAGGAGGCUUCCCAAACCGUCACCUACCACUGCAAGAACACAGUGGGCUACAAGGAUGAGGCGACGGGCAACCUGAAGAAAGCCGUCAUUCUCAAGGGCUCCAAUGACCUGGAGCUCAAGGCGGAAGGAAACAGCCGGUUCCGAUACACAGUGACAGAGGACAGUUGUGCAAAAUCCAAUGGCAAGUGGGGCAAGACGGUGUUUGAGUACCGGACACAGAAAACUGCCAGACUUCCCAUCAUGGAUAUGGCCCCUGUGGACAUUGGGGGGUCAGACCAGGAGUUUGGUAUCGAUAUCGGGCCAGUAUGCUUCCUAUAAAUUCCAACAGUGACAACAGCAACAACAGGGAGGUACUGAAGAGAAUCCUGAGACUCUCGGACUGACAGCUGAGGAGAUCAGCCUUGUGUACAUAUAAGUACUGCGGAUAACAAUCGCCCUGUGGCAUGAUAUUUAUUGUGUCCUUCCAGCCAUUCCCGUCAAAGCUGAUACGUUGUGCCCAGUGAACACUAGAUGAAUGUUUGGGUGAAAUAAAGAGCAACAUUUAGGAAGGUUGAGUGCAUUAUACCUAAGAGUAUGUUGUCUUUUAUCUGUGUUUAUAUGUAGAAUACUAUGGUACCAAAACCCCAGUACAUUGACACAAUAUUUGUUUGUUUUGGAACAAAGAUUAUUAUUUUUUAAAAGCUGCCAAAAGACGUUAACAUGAAUACUUUAGAAAAAAUGUGUAGUCAUUAACUGCUGUUUGUGGAAAUACAAUUUGGUUACACUUUUAAUUAAGUUGCCCUAAGUACUAUGUAAAUAGGUCAGAAUUAUCAAAAUGGCGGCUUUCAAAGUGUUAUAACCAAACUUUAGUUAGAGUGGAACAAAAAUUAUGUAUAAUAACCUGCAGUAACACACUUUGAUUAACAUUAAGUGAAUGUGUAAUUAUGCAUUCCUUGUUCCAAUUGCAUAGACUUAUUCUCCAACUAAUGUUUGCAUAGUAAUUACAGCAACUUUAUAGUUUUACCCACUAUUCUACAAAAAUAUAGCAGUUUAUUCCAACAUUAUUAGAUUGCCUAAUGUUUUUCAUCAUGCUAAAUGUCUUUUUACAAACUGUUUUCCAUGUAAAAUGUAAAUUGAAUGGUGCUAUUGAGGAAAUGAAUCCAGCGAAAUGCUUUAACAAGUACACAUUGUUUUUUCUUUCGGAACUGAGUGAGCUUGAUACAACUGAUUUCUGUAUCCAAGUUACCCUGACUCAGUUCAAUCAAAAUUAAAGAUCCAACCAGACGGUCAAUUCCUCAGUUUUAGCUACCUCGUUUCCACAAACAUGGAUGCCAUUGGAUGGCAUGCAACCCGAUCCACAGGUUUGGUGCUAUCUGUUUGUAAUCAUGUGCUUCUCUGCCAGCAGUGGUACAAGGCAGGGGGUACCAAUAAAGAUGGAGAGUUGGAAUGGCGUGUCUUGUGAACGGUGUGGUGUUUGUCUUUUAAGAUAACUGCUUUUGUCUUUAAUAAGUCAUGGUCAAUAUAACACUUUGUGUUUUAUUUGCAGUUCAUGAUCAUUUUAAAGCUAUUAGUUUUUUUUGUUUUUUAGCUCUGGAUCAUUUUAACACUACUACUGUGUUGUUUUUAAUCUGCAUGUCGGUAAGCUUUUAAAGUCACUUUCUCUUAGUUAUCCUUUAUAAACACAGCUUGAGACAUUGAACAAGAUUACCUUAAAAAAAAAGAUUUGCUUCAUGUAUUUUUGCUAUGCAACAAAUUAAAAAAUAUGCUUGUCUAUCCCCAAA